AUGGGGAAGCCAAAGAAAAAAAGUGAUCUCAGCCGAGCUGAGCUGAUGAUGAUGACCAUUGCUGAUGUCAUCAAGCAGUUGGUUGAAGCCCACGAAGAAGGCAAAGACAUCAAUCUUAACAAAGUGAAGACUAAGACUUCAGCUAAAUAUGGACUUGAAGCCCAGCCUCGAUUGGUAGACAUCAUUGCUGCUGUUCCACCACAGUACCGUCGUGCUCUGGUGCCCAAACUGAAGGCCAAACCUAUCCGGACUGCCAGUGGGAUCGCAGUGGUGGCUGUGAUGUGCAAACCACAUCGAUGUCCACACAUCAGCUUCACAGGAAAUAUCUGUGUCUACUGUCCUGGUGGACCAGACUCAGACUUUGAGUACUCCACACAGUCUUACACCGGCUAUGAGCCAACAUCCAUGAGAGCAAUCCGAGCACGUUAUGACCCCUACCUUCAGACCAGACAUCGGGUGGAGCAGCUGAAGCAGCUGGGUCACAGUGUUGACAAGGUGGAGUUCAUCGUGAUGGGCGGGACCUUCAUGGCUCUGCCUGAGGAGUAUAGAGACUACUUCAUCAGGAACCUACAUGACGCCCUGUCAGGACACACCUCCAACAAUGUGGCCGAGGCUGUCAGGUACUCUGAGCGCAGUAACACCAAGUGUGUGGGAAUCACCAUCGAGACACGGCCUGACUACUGCCUGAAGCGACAUCUCAGUGAUAUGCUGGGCUAUGGCUGCACCCGGCUCGAGAUAGGGGUCCAGAGUGUGUAUGAAGAUGUGGCCCGAGACACCAACAGAGGUCACACGGUGCGAGCAGUAUGCGAGUCUUUCCACCUUUCAAAGGAUGCUGGCUUCAAAGUAGUUGCCCACAUGAUGCCAGAUCUGCCUAACGUGGGCAUGGAGAGGGACGUGGAGCAGUUCAUUGAGUUUUUUGAAAAUCCAGCCUUCAGACCUGAUGGUUUGAAGCUGUACCCAACACUGGUGAUCCGAGGUACAGGUCUGUAUGAGCUGUGGAAGACGGGCCGGUACAAGAGCUACACACCCAGCGCCCUGGUUGACCUGGUGGCCCGAAUCCUGGCGCUGGUGCCACCCUGGACACGAGUCUACCGGGUGCAGAGGGACAUCCCCAUGCCGCUGGUGAGCUCCGGAGUGGAACAUGGCAACCUGAGAGAGUUGGCACUGGCCCGGAUGAAAGACAUGGGCACUGAGUGUCGAGAUGUGAGAACACGAGAAGUGGGCAUUCAGGAGAUCCACCACAAAGUCAGACCUUACCAGGUGGAGCUGGUGCGGAGGGAUUAUGUGGCCAACGGUGGCUGGGAGACCUUCCUCUCCUAUGAGGAUCCUGAGCAGGACAUCCUGAUUGGCCUGUUGCGUCUGCGUCGCUGCUCCCCGCAGUCCUUCCGUGCGGAGCUGAAAGGAGGAGUGUCCAUCGUCCGUGAGCUGCACGUUUACGGCAGUGUUGUCCCCGUCAGCAGCCGAGACCCCAGCAAGUUCCAGCAUCAGGGUUUUGGUAUGAUGCUGAUGGAGGAGGCAGAGAGAAUUGCCAGAGAUGAGCAUGGAUCCAGCAAAUUGGCUGUUAUCUCGGGUGUAGGAACAAGGAACUACUACAGAAAGAUGGGCUAUGAACUGGAGGGACCAUAUAUGGUGAAGCAUCUGUAUGGACCUGGAAUGGACUGAAGCUGGACAAUGUUUUUUAUCUGGACAGCGGAUACAGACGCGCGCACACACACACACACACACACACACACACACAUUAUUGUAUUUAUUAAGAUGAUAUUUUCGGGACAUGAUUGGUGCAGUAUGUGUAGUGAAACUGUUUUCUUAGCAUCAGAGGAGAUAAUGGUUGAGUUUUUCUGCCCAUUCCUGCUUCUUAUCUGCUCCACACCAGGGAACACUGCUGCAUCUCCUCCACUUUCUAUAGAUAGGGAGACGAGGAGGAGGAGAGGGUGUGAGGAAUAAAAGUUAUUUGAGAUGAAGCCAGAGCAUCUUGUGAAUUUAAGAUGCAAACAUUCUUUACUGCUACAGCAAAAGAACUGAACUGGUACUAAAAACACACAAACAAUAGCAUGUUGGUAUUUUUAGCUUUCCACACUGAAGCAAAUUUGUACCACCAGUGCCUUGUCAAUGAACUCUGUUUGAGCCAGCGGCACUGAUUCCAGGAACUAAGAACAAUCCCGCUGAGACCUUUUAGUUCUGCUCAGAUGUUCCAUGUGUCUGGUAAAGAAACAUCUGAAUGUCUGGAUAUCCCUUAAAUAGUUUGUGUGUGUUGUUGAGGAUUAGAAACCUGUUCAGCGCCAUGCUUUGAGUUAAUCAUGUUUAUGUUGCAAUUAAAUAGAAAACCCAUUAUGAGUCAAGCGUUCAUUACUGCUUGGCAGUGGAUGAAUGAACUGUGGGAAGUGUCCUUGCUGGGCAGCUGUCAUGUAAUUGCACAAUUUUGAUUUACAGGGCAGGAAAUUGAAUAUUAGCAUUACAUAAAUUGCUUUUUAAAGCCCCUCAGUUAAUCCUGUUUCUUGUUUUUCUGUCAUGCAUUCUUGGGCUUCAUGUGUAUUCUGGUAUAUUCCAGAUGCUGAACACGUCACUUGACCAGUAAAGUAUAUUUCAGUUAC